GGAAGAGGGUUGGGGUUGUAGGCACGCAGAAACUUCAAAGCCAUCUCAACUAGCCUAACGUUAAGGUUAGACCUUUGUCAGAUUUGACUUUCCAACUCAGAUCUAGACUCGAGAUAUAUUCGCCACUUGCUCUCGUUCUUGCCAUUGGUGUCAAGCAACAUCGCUUAGGGUGCCUUGACGCUCAUUUACAAAUGGAUCGUGAUCACUUUCAACAUUUCAGCCCCUUCUAGUUUAUAUAAGUCCCACCCGAAAACAAGCUGGAAAGUGCUGUUAGUGAGAGAAUUCCAUCUUACACUUCUGUUUUCUAUCCAUUACACUCGGAAACAGCCAGGGGAUAAGGACGGGGAACCAGCAACAACAAGGGGGGAAUGAAGAAACAUGACACGCCGCCCGCGCAUCCUCUUCCUCGACGCCUAUGACUCCUUUUCAAACAACAUCACCUCUUUGCUCACAACCCUUCUCGACGCCGACGUCUCUGUGCUGCCAAUUGACUCCCCCCUUUUAUUGGGACAUUUCACCUCAACCUCAACCUCAACCUCACCUUCAUCAUCCCCGUCCCCAUCACCGCCACCGAGAAAUGAAGUUGAAGACUCCCUUCAUGCCCGCUUCUGCGCCGAACUGCGCCGCUACGACGCCCUGGUGUGCGGGCCGGGCCCGGGUUCGCCGCUCAACGAUGCCGACGUCGGCGUCAUGAAGCUCGUUUGGUCCCUCGCCGAGGACGACCUCGUGCCCGUGCUCGGCGUGUGUCUGGGGUUUCAGAGCCUGGUGGCCGCGUGCGGCGGCGGCAUCGGCAGGCUGCGCCGCGGCAUGCAUGGCAUGGUGCGCGAGAUCAUUCACCAGCAGGGAAACCAUGAGGAGGGGGAGGGGGAAGGGGGUAUGGGAAACAUUUUUUACGGGGUCGGCCGCUUCAAGGCGACGCUUUACCACAGCCUGUGCGGCGACGUCGGGCAGGGCGAGGUUAUGUCCGACGAGGCCUGGCAGGAGGCGAGGUGGCGGCCCUUUGGGCGGUGUCCGGAUCUGCUGCCGCUGGCGUGGGUCGAGGAGGAGCGCGACGGUGCCAACAACAAGGAGAGGAUCCUUAUGGCUGUCAAGCACAGGACCAAGCCCUUCUGGGGCGUGCAGUAUCACCCGGAGUCGGUCUGCACCGAGGCCGAGGGCAACAAGGUCAUUGUGAACUGGUUUCGGGAGGCGCAGAGGUGGAACCGGGAGCGUGGGCGGACGCCGGUGCUGGAGGGGGAAGGGCUGGCCAGGGCGGCGACUAGGCCGAGCUUGCUUUCGCGAUGGGCCGAGGCGGCGUCUAAGGAGAAACAGUGGUGGGACGUGUUGGAGGCGGAUCCGGUGCUGCAUUCUGUGACUGUGCAGUUGCCGCGGGGCGUUCAGGUGCCGGAUAUCGUCGAAGCUGUCGAGCCCGAGGCCGCGGAGCGCAUCGUGCUCGAUUCGGCCAACGCGGCACCCGCAACGUCGAGGCCUGACGUGCGUGGGCGGUAUAGUAUCGUGGCUACGGGGCUGGCGGAGGCGUUGCGCAUCGAGUACCACACGGGCGACAGUUAUGCCACGGUCAAGGCCGGGCGCCUCGGGGGCCUGCCUGUGAACCUAUCGCAGCAGGUCCCACUGGCGCGCUAUGGCGGUGUCUGGGCCCUGAUUGCUGGGUUCCACGAGGCACGUCGCCUUGAGGUGCCAGAGCCAUCAGCGACACCAUUCGUUGGUGGCUUCAUGGGAUAUAUCACCUAUGAACAAGGCCUGAGCGAUAUCGGCGUGGCCCUGAACCAUCCACGUCUGCACCAUAGGCCCGACAUCUGUCUGGCAUGGAUCACCAAAAGCAUCGUGGUCGAUCACCUGCUUGGCGUGGUCCACGUUCAGCAUCUCCGCUCCAACAGUUCUGAGUCGGACACCUGGCUAGAGAAGACGGCAAACAAGCUGUUAUCUCUGCAAGUUUCUGGACGCCGAGCUUCCUCCGACUUUCGGAAGGAGACACAGCAGUUCCAGCAUACCAAGACGCGACGUCCAUCCAGGAGUAUCGCAAUCCAGACGCCCCUGACUAAGGAAUACGAGAGCAAAGUCAAGCUCUGCCAAGAGUACAUCGCAGCAGGCGAGUCCUACGAGCUCUGCUUGACCGACCAAACCACCAUCACCCGCCCCCUGAGCGACCAACCCCUGACGAACGAUUCAUCAUCUCUCCCACAACCCCCGCGCAGCAAGCAGCAGCAGCAGCAACGGCGACAAUCAUCCUCCUCUUCCCCUUCUUCCACCUCCAUCCCCCCCUCAUCCUCCUCAUGGUCCCUCUUCAAAAGACUACGCACCCGCCAACCAGCACCCUUCGCCUCGUACCUCCGCCUGGGGGGCGCUACGCUGGUGAGCGCGUCGCCGGAGCGCUUCCUCGCGUACGACAGGUCCACUACUGGGCGCUGGCGCUGCUCGAUGCGGCCGAUGAAGGGGACGGUGCGCAAGUCGGAUUCCGUCGCGACGCUCGCGCAGGCCGAGCGCAUCCUGCACGUGCCCAAGGAGGAGGCCGAGAACCUCAUGAUUGUCGACCUCGUCCGCCACGACCUCCACGGUGUUUGUGGCCCCGGCAAUGUUUCGGUCCCGCACCUGCUCAAGGUUGAGGAGUAUCAGAGUGUCUUUCAGAUGGUUACCGUUGUCGAGGGCCAGCUGCCAAGGACCGCGUAUACCGGCUUGGAUGUCCUCGCUGCCAGUCUCCCGCCUGGUAGCAUGACUGGUGCCCCGAAGAAGAGGAGCUGUGAGAUUCUGAGGCAGGUGGAGGGCUUCAAGGAACGCUCGCUGUACUCAGGCGUGGUGGGCUACAUGUGUGCCACCGGCCGGGGCGAUUGGAGCGUCACCAUUCGCAGUCUGUUUCGCUGGGAUGAUGAACAAGUUGCUGUGCAGGGAGAGGAGGGAGAGGAGAAACUCGAGGUGUGGCGGAUUGGCGCUGGUGGGGCCGUCACUAUUCUGAGUACCCCUGACGGUGAACGGGAGGAGAUGUUUACGAAGCUUGCCGGACCGCUGCGGGUUUUUGGCGAGGCAUGA